AUGGCACAGCUUGGCAGUCGUUUGUCGACUGAAGAUUUCUGGGUUGCUGGGACUGAUCACAGCUUCUGGCAGACGGGCGUUAGUCGCUUCGUUGUCGCCCAAAAGCCUGGAUGGUCCUAUGGGAACGCACGAACCCUUGACUGGCGGGUUGGGGUGGCCGCACCCUUUGUCCGCAUCCCCCAGCGCGAUCGCUACCCCUCACCCGCCGGCCAAACACCCACUGACUGUCUAUAUGGUGCGCACGCACCCGCCGCCAGAGUAACCGGGACUCACACCCACCUGCAGUCAUCAUCCCACUCAACAACCCUUCCCGCAUCCACCACCGCCACUGCCACCUACGCAUAA